AUGAAUUUUCUGAUAUUUUCCCUGAUUUUUCUUCCAAUUUCCUUUGCAAUUUCGAUUCCAAAAAUUCCAAAAAUCCAUCAACAACAAAAUUCAAAUCGUAAGUCUUCUACAGUACACCUACAGUACUCCAAAUCAAAAUUUUCCAGCCAAGACCCAAGCUAUCGAAAAUUUCAAGACUUUGGUUUCCAAAUUUUUGUCGGACGCGCAAAUUUCGAAAUCAAUCGAUAUUUUUGCGGUUGGUGUGCAUAAAGGUCAUAAAUUGGAGCAGGUUUUUGAAAGUACGGUAAACAGGGGUACUGUAGUUUGGGACACUGUAUCUACGAAAACCUUUGCAGUUUGACAGUAAUUUUUGUAGUUCGAAGUACUGUAGCUCUUCAAAAACACCCUGGAUUUUUGCAGUUCGGAAAAUAUACAGUAUCCCUAAACUGCAAAAAAUACAGUACACUUUUAAUUUUGCAGUACUGUAGUUGUAAAGAAUCCUAGAAUUUUGCAGUUCGAAAAAAAACAGCUAUAGUAACCCGAGCUGCAAAAAACUCUUUAAAAUCUCGAGCUACAGUGAUCCGAACUGCAAAACAAUGUUUGAAAAUUAACUACAGUAGCCGAACUGCAAAUUUUCAUGUUUUUAUGGAAAAACUCGAUUUUUUAAUAAAAAAUAAACUACAGAAACACGAACUGCAAAAGCUACAGUAACCCGAACUGCAAAAAAGCCAUGAAAUCUCGAGCUACAGUAAUCCAGAGGCUUUUGUGAGUACAGUACCCCAAACUGCAAAUAAACUACAGUACCCGCCUCCCCCGAACUACAAAUCUACCGUACCCCAUUCCAGACAUCGCCACAUUUCUGCACAAAAAUCUAACCUCCUCUCAACUCUCCUCGCUCGUCAAAUCUCGAAAACAACUCUCGCAAAAAUUCUCGUCUCCCGAAAAAUUGGCCAAAAUCGAAUCGCAAAUCCAGCGAAUGAUAAUCUAUUCAAUCGAUCCGGCAGCCGAACAAAUACAUCUAAAUGCCCGUCAACCUUCAGCCGCAUUUUCUCUAAUUUCCGCCACUUUGAAUCCAAAAUUUGUGGCGAGUUUGAGGGAUUUGAUUGAAGAUGUGCUCGGCGAGCAAAUUUAUGAGCAAUUCAAGAAAGUUUAUAGCCCUGAAAUUGUAUAUUUAUAA